AUGAGCCUCCUCCGAGUCGCGGGUCAGCCCGUCGCGGGGCGCAAUCCCGUGUCGAGGCGUCCCUCUCGUCGUAAGCAAGUGCCCAUCUGUUCCCGCGCUUCCGCAGCCUCCGCUGUCGCCUCCGCCGUCGCCUCCGAUGAGCCCCUCGCGAAGCUGAAGGGCGUCGAGUUGAAGCGGGCCACCGACGGGCAAACCGUGGACGCCGCCUCUAUCGUGCCCUCCUCGGGGCGCGUGGUGGUGCCGUUCCUCACGCAGUUCGCUGACUUUGACUCGUGGGAGCUCGCGCAGAAGCUCGUGGACGAUAUCCCCGAGCUGGACGCCAACGGGGUCACCCUCGUCGCGGUCGGGAUCGGAUCGGUGGAGGCUGCCAAGGAGUUCAGCCGGCGCACCAACUUCCCGCUCGACCGCCUCUAUGCGGACGAGACCGCGGCCGCGUACCAAGCCCUCGACUUCGCCCCGGGCUUCGGUCGCGCGGGCGGUGAGCUCGGUUGGAUCGGGGAGAAGCUCCCCUUCGUGAACGGCUACGCGAAACUCCUGGUCAUGUGCGCCGGGAUUGGCUCGCCCGGCACCUUGGGCGCGGUCUUCGGCGGCUACAUCGGAUCCAAAUACAGGGACCCGAUCUUCCGCGAGGGUUCGAACUACGAUAACCCAACGAUUCGUAAGCUGAUGGACGCCACGCUGGGGGGCGGAUACCAAAGGCCGUUCGAGCUCGCCACGCUGCGCCUGACGAACAUGACUGAGAUUCUGUCCAACUGGGAGGACCUCGCGCCCGUGGAUGACAACCUGCUCGUGCAGCGCGGCGGGUCGCUGGUGUUCCAAGAUGGCGCGUGCGUGUUCCGUCACAACGACGCCGGCAUCCUCGGGUAC